AUGGCUUCUCACGGGAAAUCAGAAGCGCAGGAAGCCAAGAAGGUGCAGCGUGCUGCCUUCAAGACGAGGCUGUCAGCACUGAGUGACGAUGAAGUCAAUGUCCAAUCCGAGAAAGCGCAAGAAGUCAUACUUUCACUCCCUCAGUUUCAACAAGCCAAGCGAGUUGGCAUAUACUUGUCAAUGCCAACAGCCGAAGCACAGACUGACAGACUGGUACGACACGCGCUUGAGAAUGACAAGAAAGUCUUCGUGCCUUACAUCUAUCCUGUUGGAAAUGAGAAGGCGAAGAAGAAAAUCAUGGACAUGCUGCGUCUGGAGUCGAUCAAAGACUACGAGAGCCUGGAGAGAGACUCCUGGGGCAUUCCCAAGCUGCCAAAGGAAGGGAGAGAAGUGAGGGAGAAUGCCAUGGGCGGUGUUGGUCUUUCACUCAGCAGCGAGGGUGCACACAAGGAAGGCAUAGAAUUGGCCGGUCUUGACUUGAUCGUUGUGCCCGCUGUUGCGUUUGAUCGAGACAUGAACAGAAUGGGGCACGGAGCUGGUUUCUAUGACCAUUACCUUUCGCGCUUUUGCUCGGGUGGGAAACGCACGAAGCCUUUCCUCGUCGGGCUUUGCCUCGCAGAGCAGAUCAUCGGACCAGGCCAACUGAUUAUGCAGGAAUGGGACUGGAAGGUUGACGCUGUCGCCGUCGGAGAUGGGAGCUUGCUGACUUCGGAAGAUACCCAAUGA